UAUGUUCGUCACGGGCGCACUGCUGUUCCUCUCGGCUGUGCUACUGGCAGCGCUUCUCAUAUGGCGACGGUGGCAUUUCUCUUACUUCGAGAGAAUUGGCAUCCCAGGACCGAAGCCUAGCCUAAUCUGGGGGAAUAUCUGGGAGUACCACUCAAUGGAGAUUUACAAGGUGAUGGGAAAAUGGCUUGACCAAUACGGCGAUAUAUAUGGGUUCUACAACGGCGACGUUCCUUUUGUUGUGACCAGGGACAUAAACUUCGUAGAGCACGUCUUUGUUCGCAACUUUCAGAACUUCGUUGAUCGGGGCAACACAAUGGUGACCGACAAAAAUCACCCUGUGUUGAAGAACUCCAUCUUGCACGCUGGCGGCCUCCCGUGGAAAAGUAUCCGGUCAUGUGUUGCGCAGGGCUUCAGUAGCAGCAAGCUGAAACAGAUGAUGCCACACAUUGAAGAAGAUGCAAGCAUCUUCCUCAAGUCUCUUGAGCAGUACGCGGACACUGGAAAAGAGGUGCACAUGCUUCGCAAGUUUGAAGAACUCUCCAUGGACUACAUAGCCCGAGGAUCAUUCGGCAUCGACGAACGCUUUCAAGGGAAGCCUGACCAUCCACUCAUGGCCAUCGCCAAGGGUACCCUAAGGGGUCUCAUGAAGGGACCUUUUCAUAUCGUCGCACAGAGCACGACCUCAUUUGGGGCGCUCAUGAAGCCUCUCUACUGGCUUUCACUUGCCCUUGGAGAAUUUUCAUUUGAAGACCUGAAUGAACAGACAGCCAAGGUGAUUCAGCUGAGAAAAAGUGAUCCCUCGCUACGAAAGCAUGACGUCUUGCAAAAUCUCCUCGACGCGGAGUACAUCGAGGCAGAAGAGGAACGUGACGAUAACAAAGUUGCAAAUGGAAGUGCCAGAAAGAGGGUGCUGACCACCGAAGAAAUUAUAACGAGCGCUGCAGUGCUUUUCAUUGGCGGGUUUGAAACUACAGCAACGGCCUUGAGUUACGUAGCCUACUGCCUCGCGAAACACCCGGAUGUCCAAGAGAAGCUUCGGCGAGAAGUCGUCGAUGCCAUCGGUACAGACGGCUCCCCGGACUAUGAAACAAUCAUGAAAAAGUUGAAAUACCUGGAACACGUAGUGGAUGAAACACUACGACUUUAUCCUCCAUCAGUAUCGGGUGUGAAUCGACAGGCCAAAGAAGACUUCGAAUACAAUGGCAUCAAGUACAAGGCAGGUACAAACGUCAUGGCAGCGUUGUACCAGAUACAUAGAGACCCACGAUAUUUUUCGAACCCUCUGGAGUUUAAUCCCGACAGGUUUUCCCCGGGAAAUGAAGCCUCGUUUACGAAAGCAGCAUUCAUGCCCUUUGGCGUGGGGCCUCGCAACUGCGUCGCAAUGAGGCUGGCGUUGCUAAAAGUGAGGUACACUGUUGCCAAGAUGGUGCAGAAGUACCGCAUGGAACUAGGCCCCUCUCAGAAGGGAACCAUGGAGCUGGGCCAAUAUGCGAUGGUAUCAACGCCAGCAAGAGGGCCCUGGAUUGUCCUACACAGUUUGGCGAAUGAACGCUGAGAAAAUUCAUUCUCUGAGUGGGCGUUCAGAUGGCCUCCCCAUGGCAUACAUAUGGAGUUGUUCAUUUCUAUCCCUUGUCCUCACUACGUAUGUGGCUUUGUCAUGUGCAUAAUUAUGAGCUCUCUAAUAAAUAUUCUUGAGUGUG